GGGAACAUGGACCUGAUUUUCAAUCGAAUGUUCUCGUUAGAAAUAUCUCAAUGCCAAUGCCGCAAUAAUGCGCCCAAAAGCAAACGGUCGGUCAACGUCCACACAGGACCAACGACAGCAAUCCCAGCAGCAACCGCAAGACCAGGAGUCAUCGAAGCCCGACGAAGAUAUCCCCGCUUGCCAGUCUUGUCGAAAGAAAAAGGCACGCUGUAGUCGCGAGCAGCCAUGCUCACAAUGCGAGCGCUUCGGUGUGCGAUGCGUUUACGACGACCGUCGGCUGAAGCCCGGCCUACGCGCAGGAGCCGUAGACCAGCUCUAUCAACGCAUUGAUACGCUAGAGAAUAUGUUCCUCGGACAGAGUAUUUUGUGGAAGCAGCUUUGGGAAGUGCUUCAUCCUAAUACUAUCUUUCCUGGGGUAGCAAGGGAUUAUGGUCAUGACGUUGAAACCCCGAGUGGACAACUCGGUCAUGCACGGGAAGCCAUUAAGGGGUCCCUGUUACAACUUGCUCGGAACGAGGACGGGGCAGAGUUUCCCAUGGAGCUACCGAAGAAUGGUGAUGGUGAUGGCGAUAUUCGGUCUCCAAAGCGACGGAAAGUGGACGUGGUACCCACUCCACAGCCCUUGUCGCGGGAUGGGACACACUUCGACAUCCUUGACUCAGACUUGAUGCUAGAUCUUGUCGAAUUCUAUUUCGCAAACAUUCAUCAUUGGAUCCCUAUCUUACAUGUGAGGAAAUUUCGUGAACAGAUUCACACGCACCAGGGACGACAAAGGGCAGUUCAUAUCUUACACGCCAUUGUCGCGUUAUGUAGCCGGUUCUCCGACGAUAGACGACUUGGAAACGAUGUAGAGAAGGCAGAAAUGGCAGAGAAAAGUAGGCAGCACGUUUUAUUAAGUGGCAUGGAGUCAUUCUCGGUUGAGAAUCUUCAGGCUCUAGUGAUCAUUGCAUUUGACACAAUCGGCCGUGGACGUGGUCCAUCUUCAUGGUCAAUAGUAGGAGGAAUGGCUCGUACAGUAGAGCAACUUCAAUUGAGCGUUGAGGAAGAGCAGUUUUCCAGCAAUACACAGUCCGGCGAAACACUGAUACGGCGGAUGGCUUUUCUAAAGCCAUCCACGUCUUGGAGAGAAGCGGAAGAAAGGCGCCGCGUCUUCUGGACGGUUUUUCUGAUGGAUCGUUUCUGCAGCGUAUCCACGGGUUGGAAUAUCAGCCUGACCAGCGCAGAUGUUAAGCGGCGGCUCCCCUGCGAAGGCGCGCUCUGGGAGCAGGAAGUCGAAGUACGACCGCCUUAUUUCGGAAUAUCAGAUACCAAGGCUGCCAGUCCCCAUCGAGCUUUGUUGACAGAGAGCCGAGUGACGACUGGUUCAAAGGAGCAGGACUGUAUCGGUGGUUUUGCGUACUGCAUCGAAGCCACCGAGUCUCUAGCACUCGUCACAAAUUUCUUCCUACAUCACGCACUCGACAUCCGGGACGCGGAUAAAACGCAGCUCUGGCUGAUGUACUUUAAGGAGCUGGAUCUCCGGAUGGUUCAAUGGAAGCUCUUUCUGCCGCCUAAAUGGCGUGACGCUUCCGUUCUUAAUGCAGACGGAAUCAUGGACCCUAAUCUAACCCUUGCACAUACCACGCACAACACGGCUGUUAUCCUUUUACAUCAAGGGAUUGCUUACCCGCCCUUACACUGGCAGUCCUGCCCAGUCAAACUACCUUCCACAUCCUCAGCAGAAACCUGUCUCAAGGCUGCUUCAGAAAUUAGUAUCAUCGGCCGCCAGUUUCUUCUAUGCUCAUCCAUCCUCACCAAUCCGCAGUUUUCCUUCUGUCUUUUCAUCGCUGGACGAAUGCUCCUAACGCACUCUAGAUACUACGGGAGCCCAAUACCCACCUCAUUAGACUCGCUAGUUGCUAGCCUAUUUGAGAUCUCUCGCCGAUGGGCAGGCCCACAAGAUAUGCAAGAUAGCCAAAAGGACAACCUUGCUUCAGGCUUUGCGAAGCGUCUGCUUCAGGCAAGGGACAACUUUCCUGCAUUCUCAAAACCUAGCUUGGAUAUCCGACAGACUGCAUACUCUGAAAGUACAGGGCCUCCAAAGGCAGCAGACAUUAUAGGUAGCCCAACGCUCCACGAACGCACUGCUAUGUUACCAAGCAAUACGUACACAGAUCAGGAUUUUCCAGUGCCAAUACCAGAUAAUCACUCGGACACCUCCGUUGGCUUGGCGUUCCCCCCGCUUCCUUUAUCAUUCCAGCAGACUCUCCUGGAUUUCCCCGAUAUAAAUCCUCAGACCAGUCCAUCGUAUGCCCAUCUAUCCGCUGGGUUUGCUUGUCCUUCUCCCGGAUACCUGCAGACGACGCCCAGUCCAGGUCAAAGGAUCAGUCGGUAUGGUGCAAGCGAGGUGGAUGGAGCCGUCAUGGGGGAGCAUUCCGCCCGCCUGGAACAGAAGAGUCAAUGAAUAAUGCCACCGAGUUUGAGAAGUUGCAUAUACGCCUCACAAUUGACCAAACGCAAUAAAUCGAUCUCUAAUAUAUCGCACCUAGCUCUAAUUUCCUCCCAAUACACCCAUUGCACACUGC